UUCCCUCCUUGUUUUUCGGACACAUACUGUUUCUAGCCUCUCAAUUGAGACUUUUUCUCCAAAAAAACAACAAACUUUUUUACUUCCCAUUUCUCUCUCUCGCCUCAAAAUUUACACACACAUAUUCCCUCUGAAAAAAAAAGACCAACAUCAUCACCGUUUCAAAUUCAUCAAACCUCGUCAUAUCACUCAAAGAAAUCCAACAUCUGUUCACCUUUCAAAAAUUCCAAAAGGGUCUAAUAGUGCUGAAUUUUUCUGCUUUUUUUAAAAGGGUUAUCCAUAGUUUCAUUCAUUUCUCAUCAAACAAUCCAUAAUGAGAAAUGAACAAUGACCAAGAUGGAAUUUUUGUUACAACAAGGACAAUAGAACAUGAAUCCUUAUUUUGAUGCCCAAAGGGGUUCCAAAUUUUGAAUCUUUUUUUAUGAUUUGAUCUUGUUAGAUAGAAAAAAUAAAUAAAUUAAUGGCUUUUCGUGCCUUUAGAUCACAAUCAGUGUCAACAUCACAAGGAUCAUAUAAUUUAGCAGAGAAAACAACAGAAGAGCCUGUUUCAAGCAAAGUUGCACAAAGCACUGUUACAUGUUUCUAUCAAGCCAAUGUAGCUGGAUUUUGGAGAAAUGUAUCUGUUUUAUGGUGUAAAAAUCUUAUGAACCAUUCCUUACACAUCACGGUCGAUAGUGUAGGAGGCGAGUCGCAAUUCAGCUGCAAAAUCGACGUGAAGCCUUGGCAUUUUUGGAGCAAAAAAGGGUACAAAACAUUUGAGGUUGAAGGGAACCAAGUUGAAGUUUAUUGGGAUCUUCGGUCGGCGAAAUUCACAGGUAGUCCCGAGCCGAGUAGCGAUUACUACGUAGCGUUAGUUUCUGACGAAGAAGUCAUGUUGUUGUUGGGAGAUUACAAGAAAAAAGCUUACAAAAGAACAAAAUCUAGACCAGCCCUUGUCGACGCCAUGUUACUUGUGAAGAAAGAAAACGUUUUCGCAAAGAAAAGUUUCGCUACAAAGGCAAGGUUUGAUGAGAAGAGAAAAGAGAGUGAGAUUAUUGUGGAGAGUUUAACUGGUGCUACUAUUGAUCCUGAGAUGUGGAUUAGCAUAGAUGGUGUUGUGUUGCUUCAUGUCAAGAAUUUGCAGUGGAAAUUUAGAGGGAAUCAAACUGUUAUGGUUAAUAAACAACCUGUGCAAGUGUUUUGGGAUGUUCAUGAUUGGUUGUUUAGUGGUUCUGGUUCAGGAACUGGACUUUUCAUUUUCAAACCAGGGCCAACAGAAGCUGAAAAUGAAAAAGAAGGUGGUAGUGCUGUUGAAGGUUGUGAAAGUGAUGAUGGUAGUGUUGCUUAUUAUUCAACUCUUAAUAUUGCUACUUUUGAGUUUUGUCUUGUUCUCUAUGCGUAUAAGAUUGAGUAAUAGAGAGAAAAGAGACCAAAGUGUAUCACUAAAUAGUUUCAUGAUUUUUAGUAGUUAGUUGCAUUUUUUUAUUAUGUUGGAAUGGAUGUUGUUACUGCUACUAUUGUGAAGCCAAUUGAUUUUUUUGUAAAUUUAAUUGGAAGACUUUGUUAUUUGAAAAAUAGAAUACAAAGAUUGAUAUUUGCAGAGUUUCUUUUUCU